CCGGGAGCCAAUACGAGAGCUGCUUUAUUCACCGAGGAGAAAAUAUAAAACAGGAAAAGCAUUUCCUUUGACUUUUAAGAGACUCGGCGACAGAUUUUCUAUAUUUUUAUUUUGCCUUUUCAGAACCGAGCAUUUAGAACCAACUACGACACGCAGAGCCUCAGAGACCGGUGCGUCAGCUCCGAGCUACACAACGAAAUAAGACGAGUACGAGUGGAAAUAAAGACGUCGCUAAAAGUUGUGUUCUAACCUCAACACACGGCAAAACAAAAAUCCCGGAUAGAAAAAGGCGGAGACGAAAAGAGACGAGUCGUUCGUCUGACGCUCGUCUUCCUUCUCUCCCUGUGUUCAAGUCCCGCGUCCGCUUAAGUGGAAGUUUGAGCAGCUCAAGAGACGUCAAGGUGAAAGGCACCUGAGUGGCCCUUCCCCUGCAGAAAUGUAAACCUGGACAGUAUAAAGGAACUGGGAUGCAGUUGCUCUCACGCACAGCUGACGGGUGUCAUCUUGCGCAGUGCAGAUGCUGCGAAGUGCCAGGUGUUGAAUCUACAUUCAAGAUUAGAGGGGGGGGGGUCCAGGUUGCUCCGGUGCUGAAGAAGAAACCUGAGAAGUGGGCCCACCUUUACCUGUAACACCCUGCAGGGGAGAAAUGGACCUGCGCACCAGGGAAAGGUCCCCCAAGAAAACCUGGGCCUGCUCGAUCCUUCUCUCACACACGAGACCGUUGUCAUUACAACCCCGGGUUGAGCUGGGCGGUGGAUCGGGGCCCCGUGGCCUUCAAAGUGAUUGUGCUGGUUUCGGACUUUAUGUGUGUGGAUUCCUGAGGUGUUUUAUGAACAAAACAGGCACCAAAUCAGGCCUGUAGAUACAAAUACGUGGGAAACGCAUUUUCCAUCAUAAAACACAAUACAGAAACCAAAAGUAGGCGCAGUAUGCGUGGACUGUUUCCUACGAGCGGAGGCGGAGAUGUGGUGGUUGUACCUCGCCUUUAAUCUAGCAGAAGGAACGGUUGACGGGCCGACCCCGCCUGCCGUUUCCGUCGGACCUUCCACGCGGACGGACCAAACAAACGCGGUGCGUUUUAAAAAGUAUUCCGCCCCAAGCCCAGAGCCCAAGCCGAGAAGCCGAACGUCUCACCGGCUCCCGAGUUGAAAUCGCUGCCACGACUCCAGAUGAAGUUCCGGGGGAAAAUCGUAGACAUCGCCUGUCUCAACCACUUCACCCGAGUCAUCACCACCAUCUCAAAGAUGACGAAGAUGUGCGUCCUGCGGCUGACCCCGGACAACCUCUUCUUCGUUCUGUCUGGUAAAGUGGCCAAUGGAGGGGUCAGCAUGUGGUGCGAACUGUCGCAGGCCAACUUCUUUGAUGAGUACCAGAUGGAGGGCGUGUCCCCCGAGGCCAAUGAGAUUUGUCUGGAGGUGACUCCGGAGAACCUGUCCAGGGCCCUGAAGACGGUCCAGAACGCCAAGGCCGUCAAAGUUAAACUGACCAAGAAGCACUGUCCCUGCCUCACCAUCGCUGCAGAGCUGCCCACCCUGUCCAGCGUCAGUCGAGUCGUCACUCACGACGUCCCGGUUGACGUCAUCCCCCGGAGACUCUGGCAUGAAUUCAAAGAACCAAGCAUGCCAGACUUUGAUGUCAGUAUCUACCUGCCCCCUCUGAAGACCAUGAAGAACGUCGUGGACAGGAUGAAGAACCUCUCCAACUUCCUGGUAAUCGAGGCCAACCUGAACGGAGAGAUGAACCUGAAGAUCGAGACAGAUCUGGUUUCUGUCACCACUCACUUCAAAGACCUGGGGAACCCUCCGUGGGGUGACGACGCCUCACAGGAGGGCAGCGCGUCUCAGAGCAGGGACCUGGAGGCCAUGGCCGAGGCCAGAGUGGACAUCCGGAGGCUGCAACAGUUCCUCAUUGGGCAGCAGGUCAACCCCAGCAAGGCCAUGUGCAACAUUGUCCAUCAGAGGGUCGUCCACCUGAUUCUGCUGCAUGAAGACGUGUCGCUCCAGUAUUUCAUCCCCGCUGUGGCGUAGACGAUCUGCAGACCACACGAGCCAUUUCUGCUCUCUGUGAGUUUGAGGAAAGGAAAAGUGGGCUGCAAACCUUUCUAGGGUGUUUCCCCACAUGGCAAAGGAAUCCUCUUUCACGUGGAACCCAGAAUGAGAAAAAACUCACAAUGUCUGGAAGCCUGUCCUUAAAUUUGAAUGAGACCGAGCUUAGUUCCGGUCGUCACGGUGGACCUCAGGAAGACUUUACCCACUGGCCUUCGGUGGCAGUAUGGACAUGCUGGUAAAUACAAAUUUAUGAAGGAGGAAGGUGCAAACAAGUUGCAUUUGGACACUUAAGAUACUAGAAAAAACCAAACAAACUUUGCACAGUAAUUGUUUGGGAGGUAUGGAUUGUUAUGUGUUUUUCAUUAAAAGUGAUGAAAAUUG